AUGACAAUACAUAAACUUAAAUGAAGAAACGAAUAGUGGAUCUUUUGAAUUGUGCCUCCAAAACUACGAUUUGGUGGUCAGCAUCUGUCAGUUGCCAUAGAAAAUGCCCUCCGGGCUUUUUAUUCACUGCACAACACGCUACGUUUCUAUGGAGCCAACAGCAAUACGAGAUCUCGCGCGAAAUUGGAUCUUGGCCCUGGGCUAUACCCGGCAGUAAGAACGCGAGACAACUAAAAGCUCAUUAUACCAGGGAUUUUAUCAAUAGGCGGCUUCGACUUCAUACAGGCAGGUUUGGAAGGGAAUUUAACAGGAACAUUUGAAAGAACAGGGAGAUGACAUCCCCUCAUACCCCGCCAGUAUCCUCCUCCCCAGCCACACACAAUGGGCACUACCAGAAAAUAUCAGGGGUCCCCUGCCCCGCCACACCGACCCGAUACACAGCUCCUGUCCACAUCGAUGUCGGAGGGGUCAUUUACACAUCCUCUCUGGAAACUCUCACAAAGUUUCCUGAAUCCAGAUUGGCCAAAAUGUUCAACGGAAGUAUACCAAUCAUUCUGGACAGCUUGAAGCAACACUAUUUUAUAGACCGAGACGGUAAGAUGUUCCGGUACAUCUUAUCCUACCUCCGUUCAUCCAAACUCAUCCUACCAGAAAAUUUCACAGAAUACGACCAACUUCUUGAGGAGGCAAGGUUCUUUGACAUAAAAGGAAUCGUUAACCACAUCGAAAUAAUGCGACGUGCAAAGAACAUUAAACAAGAAAAGUCGGAUUCCCAUUCCGACAGCACGCCAUCUCGUGGCAGUGGCGAGUACUGCGAUUGUAUUGCCGUGAGCAUCAGUCCGGAUUUAGGUGAAAGGAUCUCUCUCAGUGCAGAAAAAGCGCUUAUUGAAGAACUUUUCCCAGAAUUAAUCCCCGCGCUCAUGGAUUCGCGGAAUUCCGGAUUUAACUUGGACAAUCGUUAUGUGAUUCGGUUUCCUUUGAAUGGAUUUUGCAAACUGAACUCAAUACAAGUGUUACAGUCGCUGUUCAAUGCUGAUUUCAAAAUUGUGGCGAACACUGGCGGAGGAGUGGAAGGCCAACAGUUCAGUGAAUACCUUUUUUGUCGAUACCGGAAGUGUUAGUGCUAGGAACGUUGGGAGUUUUUAUUCAGACUGCGUGAUAUGGUAUUAGGCGCAUGUUUCAUGUUUGUCUCUCUUUCAUAGAUUCACACUGUACCAAAUUCUUCAUAUUGGAGCUAAAAAGGAACAUUUUGGUACAUUCAUUAGUUGCAUUUGAAUCAUUUUGAAACGUUCAUUCUAACAUCGUUGCCAAAGACAAUUUGUCCCAUUUUAUACACGUGCAUGUUGAUUUAUGUUGUUUUUAAUUUACCAUGAUAUUUAUGAAAUCCACAUCAUAUAGCAUAUUUUCUUGUUUGAUAAUAAAUGUACGUAACCUUCUUC